UUAAUUUGUUCACACUUGGUUUACACUCAGAUUUUAGUCGAGUUAGUAUUACAGAGAUCGAAUAAAAUCCCAUCGAUACCUACUUACUAAAAACAUUGACAUUGUGAUGUCUUGUCAACGGUAAAAAAAUGCUUAUUGUGACAUUUAUGUCACGCCAAUUUGAUACAUCGCAAAUACACGUAAACACAACAAUAUUUUAAAUUAUCAUACUUAAUUUAUAAGGCACAACGUGUUUGAACAAUGUUCAAAUCGUCUAGGAAUUUAUUGAAACGUCACAUAAUAACUCUACAAAAGAGAAAGCAGCAAACAGGAACAACACCCAUAUUUAUAAAUGGGAAACCUGUGUCAGUGCCGAGUUACUAUAGCAUUCUCCAGGCUUGCCGCAGCCAGGGCAUCGCCAUGCCUAGCUUCUGCUACCACGAGAGACUCUCGGUCGCUGGAAACUGUCGGAUGUGCCUCGUCACGGUGGAAGGGAUGUUUAAACCACAGAUAGCCUGCGCUGUCCAGGUUGGCAAGAACAUGAAGAUACGAACCAACAACGCUGUCACUCUCAAAGCCCAAGAAAGCGUACUAGAAUUCAUACUCGCUGACCAUCCUCUCGACUGCCCAAUUUGCGAUCAAGGGGGCGAAUGCGAUCUCCAAGAUUUAUCGAUGAAGUUCGGGAACGAUCGCACGAGGUUCACCGAAAUACAUUUCACUGGAAAAAGAGCCGUGGAAAGCAAAGAAUUAGGACCUCUAAUCAAUACCGAGAUGAACCGCUGCAUACACUGCACUCGGUGCAUUCGCUUCGCGUCUCAAGUUUGCGGGCUGGAUGUCCUAGGCUCAACUGGUCGCGGUCACCACAUGCUCGUAGGGACCUACGUUGACAAAAUGUUCCUUUCUGAACUUUCUGGUAACAUUAUCGAUCUGUGUCCCGUUGGAGCGUUGACAUCUAUACCUUAUAGGUUCAAAGCUAGACCGUGGGAAUUAAAAACGACAAAUUCCAUCGAUGUGACGGAUGCUACAGGAACAAAUAUUGUACUUAACAGCAGGUACAAUAGAGUAAUAAGAGUGUUGCCUCGCGAGCACGAAGAGAUCAAUCAGGAAUGGCUGUCAGACAAGGGUCGAUGGGCCAUAGACUCUACGGAGAUGCAACGAUUAGUAACUCCGAUGAUCAAAUGCGGCAAUUGUCUUAAACCAGUCGAAUGGGACGUAGCAUUGUGUGAGGUCGCUAAAAUCAUUUGUCGAUCUGACCCCAAAAAAAUGAUUGCCAUAGCUGGUCCUCACACCAAUGUGGAAACCUUGGUAGUUGCAAAAGAUUUUCUCAAUAUGCUCGACUGCGAUAAUACUUACAUCGAGCGUAAUAUGUGUUGCACCGGAUCGGAUAUAGAUAUAAGAGCUGCUUAUGGGUUGAAUAUUAAUAUGAAAGAUGUUGCAACCGCAGACAAAAUACUAUUAGUCGGUACCAAUCCCCGUUUUGAAGCUCCCAUAUUAAACGCAUGGAUACGUCAGGCUUACAGGACCAACGAAUGUGAUAUCUAUGUAGCCGGGCCACCAUGUGACUACAACUAUCAUGUCACAUACAUAGGACACGAUGCACAAGGAUUGGCUUCGGAUUGUUUGAAAGGUGCAAAGAGACCCCUGAUAUUUGUAGGCAUUUCCCAGCUCGGUACUCCUGCGAGCUACCAACUUAUGUUCGCAGUGUACCAGAACGCUAAAAAGUAUAUGAAUAUUAAGGAUUGGCAAGUCGUACAUGUAAUAACUAAAGAAGCCAGUUUUGCUGGUGCUUUAGAGGCCGGAUGGAAACCGAAUGCACUGCAGGCGCUGAGUACAGUCAAUCCGAACGUGGUUAUUUCUCUAGGAGCAGAUGAGGUUUUUUACAACUGGGGCCCACCGGGUGCGUGUAGUAUCAUUUACAUCGGUUUUCAAGGUGAUCGUGGCGCUCAGAGCGCGUCUGUGGUGUUGCCAGGCUGCGCGUAUACCGAAGCUGGGGGCACGUACAUGAAUAUGGAAUGCAGAGCGCAGUACGCGUAUCCGGCUGUGUCUCCUCCCGGGAAGGCUCGUGUUGAUUGGAAGAUUAUCAGGGCUAUUGUAGAAGUGUGUGGUUUCUGCAUGUCUUACAGCGAUAUAGCGGGUUUGAAUGUGAGAAUGGGUCAGGUGAGCCCUAACUUCAACUGCCUGGGUAACUUCCAGCCAAAGUUGUUCGUGGACUGUAUUAUGUCGACGUGUAAAAACAUGUCCACGCCAAAUACGAAUGCAAAAUUGGAUGUGUGCAUGAAGACUUUGUCAGAUUACUACUGUUCUGAUAUUUUCUCGAGUAAUUCUUGCACCAUGAUAGAAGCUAAGAAGGCAGCUACCAAGUUUCUGACGAUGCCCUACAACAAAAUCUGAUGUAGUUGGGAAUUGGCAAAGGAAACAAGAAUUUAAAUAAACAACUAGUCGUAAAAAAUACUUGUUGUAUUUUGAACCCGUUUUACUUUUAUUUGCAAUCGUUUAAGAGGUUUUAAUAUUGUUUUAAUGGGAACCUCUUACGAAUCAGAUAUUUUUAUUGUCACAUGGAAUGUAUUGUACCUAACCCAAUUUCAUUUGCAACACUUUUUACCUAACCGACCUCCAAAAUAAAAGGUUCACACACACACUUAUACAGUACAUUAAAUGUGAUGUCUGUAAUGUGAGACUAGAAAAUGUAAUGACAUUUUCUAGUCUCUUCCUUUGACUUCGUUCACUUGUAUGCGAACGAAAACUGUCGUACUAAAUUGCAGCCUUAGCACCACUUCUGGGAUAGAAAGUAGCCAAGUGUGUUUAUGUAUGUUGCUUAUUUCAUCACAAUUAUUAAUUUGUUCAUCGAAAUUCUUUCAGCCGUAUAAAUUUGCGUCAUGAUUGUCAUGAAGAAUCGAACAUCCAAAUGCCCCUUACCCCUUACAAACUUAGAUCGACAGAGUCUCAGCAAAUUUCCGGCUAUCCGGGGGUUCUCCUCUGAUCCCAUUUCACAACCGAUAUAUGUAUAUUAUAAUAUUUAUAUAGAUUUUAUUGUCGAUUUAGCUUUUGGACUUUAUUAUGGCGCAGGCACGAAGCUUCAGCUCACAUCACAGCUAUUAUAUUAUUUGUUUGUUAUCAUGUAGGUUUUCGAUCUUUAGCGAUAAGACCGCCUGUUGUCACCUCUGUCUUCAUGUAGGUACUAUGUAUGUCUCUCUGCUGCUACUCUGCUCUCUGUGUCUAUGUAUGCUAGACAACGUCCAUAAUGUGUUUAUUUGGGGUCGCCGUCAUCGAAAAACGAUGAGGAGGACUAUAUAUAUAUGAUUUGUUAGAUGAGUUUCCCAAACGCAGUUAUUCCUUGCAGCUAAUUUUCAUUUCGUAUUUUUCCCCGAAAGCGAUUAUCCUAGUCACUUUUUUCCUCUGCAGCUUAUUUUUACAGUCGCUUUGCUUCUCUUUCUGAUAUUUCCGUGUCCGAAUUUUAACCUGCAGUUAAUUUCUAAAUUCUUUUUUUUCCUUGUUGUGUUUUUUUCCGUAGCUAUAUUUCCUAAACGUUUUCUCCCACUGUUGCGUUUUCCUCUUGCCGUGCAAUUUAAUGUCCACGGCCUG